UCUGGAAAACGGGUCAGUCAGUAUCGUCGUGGUUCUGCUCCGAGUAGCAUUGGCAGCAUCUCAGCUUUGUUCCCCUAGUUCGAGUUAGUGUGGCUGACGAUUUUUUUUUUCUUCAAUCGGUUCUGUCUGCCACUAUUUCAGGAUAGAUAUGUUGUAGCAGAGGGUCGCCGUUUGGGUGAAUCGGUCCUUUGAAGUGCCAGUGUCGAGUGUGUUGCCCACAGAGAUUUAGUUCAGUUCCAGUCAAGGAUCCUCCAAGUUGGCCGAGUUGAGGGUGGAAGCAAAAAAGUGGAUUUACUGCCGAGGUCGUUUGGGACGGUUUUGGAUUGAUUUGGAGGGAAGCAGUUCGGUUGGGGCCGGAAGCCCCCUAGGGCACCGUUGGGGGUGUCGUGUUGUGGAAAAUGCAAUUGUCGGCUGUGCAUAAUUGAGUUUUCUCCGCCACCCGGAUAUGGGAAAGUUGUUGGCGGCUGUGGUGGAAUUUUGUGUCGAUAUCGGUGCAUGUGAGUUCAUAUUUUGAAAAUUAAAUUGCGGUGGUGGAGCAGCAGAUGAAAAUUUUGUCCUCGUAGGAAGAAAAUCUAGUAAAAGCGCCCCAAAGGGGAGAGGAAAGAUAACUGGCUGAAGGUGAAGAGAGGGCGGUGGUCCAAGGAGUGUACUACGAUAGUACUACAGACGGAUGUAGUGAAAACGUCGGAGUCUGGGAACUCGGCGGAUAUCGCUCCCGCUCUGCUUGGAAACGGUAGUGUCUAUCGGGGUUAUUCGAUGAUACGAGGACUAUGACGACGACUUUCUCCGGAUUUGCAGUGCGAUAAGCACACACAGAUAAGCCAAGGCGGAACACAGUCGAAGCAGCCAGGAAGUGAAAGCUGAACAGCAGUUAAUCAAGUGUGAGGGAGCAAUGUGUUUGUGACGUCAGUGAUAACAGGAAAAGUGUGAAGACUCACACAAGUGUGGGUGCGUAAGGACAUCUCGGACGCGCGCUAUGUUCGAAUGCCGGUCCUUCCAUUCCAUCUGUGGCUCGUUUCAUUCACCGGAUCUACGAGCGUACAACCGUGCAUUACUCUCAUCACACCACCCUCGACCGGAGUCGAGUCAAGUGAAAGUGCAAUAAUUCGUUCUGUUUCGAAAUAGUGCAAACCCAAACCCAAAAUGGAUAGUUCACCGGAUUUAUCGUUGAAGCUUCGUCGCGGAUCGAGCGACUCCCGCGAUUCGUUCUACAUGGACUUUGCCCAGGGUAUCGACUCGGACAUCGAAGAUGUCGUGACCCAGGCUUCGGGAGGUGCUCCCCACAGUUGCCAAACACCGGUGGGGACCGUCACGACUCCGAACACCCUGGUUCCCAUCACCACAAGCAGCACCACCGCCAGUAUACCGGACGUUACGGUUAUGUCCGCUUGCGGUACUAGUCAUUCGGGAACCGUUGUGAUUCCUGAAGAUCCCGAGGAUUUAGAUGAUGACAUGGAAGAGAUGGAACCGGUGCCACCGCCGAUGCCAGAGUUGGGAGAUCACCCGAUUCCUUCGGUCGCCGCUGGGAUGGAUAUGCCGUUGCCACCGCUACCGACGCUGGACAUAGACGACAGGUUAGUAAACGCAUCCCACUCUCUUCUAAUAAAAAUCAUCGUGACACAGUGAACACAAUUGUUUCAAAUGGUCAAGGGCAGAUGGUUUCGACCUUCUGAAGCAUGUAUUAUUUCAAACUGGUCGGUA